AUGGUAUAUUCAUCACAAAGCACCCAGCACAUCAACGUCCUGCACCUUCCUCAUCCCCCAAUUCCAUUAUCUUCACCUAGGCUGGAGGAUUCACAGAAACUGGAUGAGAUGCAAAAGCAGGAAGCAGAGCAACGUGCAAAAUUUGUUUCUUGUUUCAACUUGGAAAAGCUAUAUAUCCAUCUGGCUGACAACAUAAAUGCUCUAUGCUCUCACCAACUUCCAACUGCCUACUUUAGCAAACUUCAAAUAUUGUAUGUAUCUCGUUGUGAAAAAUUGAGAAACUUGAUGUCUCCAUCAGUGGCAAGAGGUCUUCUAAACCUCCAAAAUUUGUGGAUAGAAGGAUGUCAAUCAAUGGAAGAAGUGAUCAGUAAAGAGGAACAACAAGGAGAAGGAAUCAUGACCUUAUUUCCCCUGUUGGAAGAGCUGAACCUUCUAUCGCUGCCUAAGUUGGGGCAUUUCUUUCUGACGGAGCAUACUCUUCAAUUUCCAUUUCUCAGAAAAGUGGAGAUAAGUAACUGCCUUGAAAUGAAGACGUUUGUCCAACAGAGAAUAUCUAUGACUACACCGAGUUUCGAAAGUGUGAACAAUGAUGAUGAGGUGAAAGUAGUUGAUCUCAAUAAAGCAAUGUUCAAUUCUAAGGUUUCUUGUCCCAACUUGAAAGAACUAAUAAUCUGGGAACUUGAAAGCAUAAGUGCUCUAUGCUCUCACCAACUUCCAACUGCCUACUUCAGCAUACUUGAAACAUUGCAUGUAUCGAAUUGUGGAAACCUGAGAAACUUGAUGUCUCCAUCAGUGGCUCGGGGUGCACUAAAUUUACGAAGAAUAAAGAUAGAAAAUUGUGUGUCAAUGGAAGUAGUGAUCACAGAAGAGGAACAACAAGGAGAAGAAAUCAUGACCUUAUUUCCCCUGUUGGAAAUGUUGGAGCUCGAAGAACUGCCUAAGCUGAGGCAUUUCUUUUUGACAAAGCGUGUUACUGAAUUUCCAUUUCUCAGAGAAUUGAGAAUUUGUGACUGCCCUGAAAUGAAGACGUUUGUCCAACAAGGAAUAUCUGUGAGUACACUAAGUCUCAAAAGUGUGAACAAUGUUGAUGAGGUGAAAGUAGUUGAUCUCAAUAAAGCAAUGUUCAAUUCUAAGAUUUCUUGUCCCAACUUGAAAGAAAUAAUCAUCAGGGAACUUGAAAGCAUAAGUGCUCUAUGCUCUCACCAACUUCCAACUGCAUACUUCAGCAAACUUGAAACAUUGCAUGUAUCGAAUUGUGGAAACUUGAGAAACUUGAUGUCUCCAUCAGUGGCUCGGGGUGCACUGAAUCUACGAAGAAUAAAGAUAGAAGAUUGGUCAAUCGAAGAAGUGAUCACAAAAGAGGAACAACAUGGAGAAGAAAUCAUGACCUUAUUUCCCCUGUUGGAAAAGUUGGAGCUUAAAGAACUGCCUAAGCUGAUGCAUUUCUUUUCGACGAAGGGUGUUACUGAAUUUCCGUUUCUCAGAGAAUUGAGAAUUUGUGACUGCCCUGAAAUGAAGACGUUUGUCCAACAGGGAAUAUCUGUGAGUACACCAAGUCUCGAAAGUGUGAACAAUGAUGAUGAGGUGAAAGUAGUUGAUCUCAAUAAUGCCAUGUUCAAUUCUAAGAUUUCUUGUCCGAGCCUGGAAUAUCUAUAUAUCGAGAAGGCUAACAGUAUAAGUGCUCUAUACUCUCAUCAACAUCCAACUGCCUACUUUAGCAAACUUGAAACAUUGCAUGUAUCGGAUUGUGGAAAAUUGAGAAACUUGAUGUCUCCAUCAGUGGCCAGAAGUCUUCUGAAUCUCCGAAUACUAACAAUAUAUAAUUGUAAAUCAAUGGAAGAAAUGAUCACAAAAGAGGAAAACCAAGGAGAAGGAAUCAUGACCUUAUUUCCCCUGUUGGAAGAACUGAACCUUCUAUCGCUGCCUAAGUUGGGGCAUUUCUUUCUGACAGAGCAUGCUCUUCAAUUUCCAUUUCUUAGAAAAGUGGAGAUAAGUAACUGUCCUGAAAUGAAGACGUUUGUCCAACAGAAAAUAUCUAUGAGUACACCGAGUCUCGAAAGUAUGAACAAUGAUGAUGAGGUGAAAGUAGUUGAUCUCAAUAAAACAAUGUUCAAUUCUAAGGUUUCUUGUCCCAACUUGAAAGAGCUAAUCAUCAGGGAACUUGAAAGCAUAAGUGCUCUAUGCUCUCACCAACUUCCAACUGCCUUCUUCAGCAAACUUGAAACAUUGCAUGUAUCAAAUUGUGGAAACUUGAGAAACUUGAUGUCUUCAUUAGUGGUUCGGGAUGCACUGAAUCUACAAAGAAUACAAAUAGAAAAUUGUGUGUCAAUGGAAGAAGUGAUCACAGAAGAGGAACAACAAGGAGAAGAAAUUAUGACCUUAUUUCCCCUGUUGGAAAUGUUGGAGCUCGAAGAACUGCCUAAGCUGAGGCAUUUCUUUUUGACAAAGUGUGUUACUGAAUUUCCAUUUCUCAGAGAAUUGAGAAUUUGUGACUGCCCUGAAAUGAAGACGUUUGUCCAACAUGGAAUAUCUGUGAGUACACUGAGUCUCAAAAGUGUGAACAAUGCUAAUGAGGUGAAAGUAGUUGAUCUCAAUAAAGCAAUGUUCAAUUCUAAGGUUUCUUGUCCCAACUUGAAAGAGCUAAUCAUCUUGGAACUUGAAAGCAUAAGUGCUCUAUGCUCUCACCAACUUCCAACUGCCUACUUCAGCAAACUUGAAACAUUGCAUGUAUCGAAUUGUGAAAACUUGAGAAACUUGAUGUCUCCAUCAGUGGCUCGGGGUGCACUGAAUCUACGUAGAAUAGAGAUAGAAGAUUGUGCGUCAAUGGAAGAAGUGAUCACAGAAGAGGAACAACACGGAGAAGAAAUCAUGACCUUGUUUCCCCUGUUGGAAAAGUUGGAGCUUGACGAACUGCCUAAGCUGAGGCAUUUCUUUUUGACAAAGCGUGUUACUGAAUUUCCAUUUCUCAGGGAAGUGAAAAUUCGUGACUGCCCUGAAAUGAAGACGUUUGUUCAACAGGAAAUAUUUGUGAGUACACCGAGUCUUGAACGUGUGAACAAUGAUGAUGAGGUGAAAGUAGUUGAUCUCAAUAAAUCCAUGUUCAAUUCUAAGAUUUCUUGUCCGAGCCUGGAAUAUCUAUGUAUCAAGGAGGCUAACAAUAUAAGUUCUCUAUACUCUCAUCAACAUCCAACUGCCUACUUUAGCAAACUUGAAAAAUUGGAACUAUGGCAUUGUGGAAAAUUGAGAAACUUGAUGUCUCCAUCAGUGGCUAGAAGUCUUUUGAAUCUCCGAAUACUAGCUAUAUAUGAUUGUCAAUCAAUGGAAGAAGUGAUCACAAAAGAGGAACAACAAGGAGAAGUAAUCCUUACCUUAUUUCCCCUGUUGGAAGAUUUGGGUCUUGAACAACUACCUAAGCUGGGGCAUUUCUUUCUGACGGAGCAUGCUCUUAAAUUUCCAUUUCUCGUAAGAGUGUGGAUUGAUGACUGCCCGGAAAUGAAGACGUUUGUCCAACAGGGAAUAUCUGUGAGUACACCGAGUCUCGAAUGCUUGAAUGAUGAUUAUGAAGUGAAAGUAGAUGAUCUCAAUAAAUGGACACAACAGAGGUUCAAUUCUAAGGUUUGAACAAAAUCUAGUCAAGGCACUACCAAUGGCGACGAAUCUGAAGCUAUUGUUGUCGACAAAUUUGAAGCUGCCGAUGACUACGAAAGGGUGAAACGUGAUUUUGGGGGUGAUGGUUGUUAG